UUCUCAAUCAAAAUCGAAUGGCUGCAACUUCGACGGCGAACGUCUUCACGCGCGACGCCCUUCGCGGCAAGAUUGCCUUUGUCACUGGCGGCGGCACGGGCAUUUGCAAGGACAUUGCGCAGACCCUGCUCGAGCACGGCUGCGCUGGCGUUGCGAUCGUCUCGCGCAAAAUGGCUGUGCUGGAGCAGAGCGCGCGCGAGCUCACUGCGAAGGCGGCGGCAGCGGGCGCGUCGGGUGUCUGCGUUGCGCUGGCGGCCGACGUGCGCGUCCCAGAGCAGAUCGAAAAGGCGUUGGCAGAUUGCGUUGCGCGUUUCGGCAAAUUGGACAUUCUGGUCAAUGGUGCAGCUGGAAACUUUUUGGCGUUGUCUGCAAAGAUGUCCUACAAUGCGUUCAAGACCGUCAUUGAGAUCGACCUCCUCGGAACGUUUUACACCUCAAGAGCGGCAUAUCCGUACCUCGUCAAGUCGAAAGGCAACAUUAUCAACAUUACCAUGACGAAUCACUACACGGGAAUGCAGCUGCAGGCACAUGCAGGCGCAGCCAAGUCGGGCAUUGACGCCAUGACGCGCCACCAUGCAGUCGAAUGGGGCCAGGAUGGCAUCCGAGUGAAUGCCAUCGCGCCAGGACCGAUUGAGAACACUGAAGGCAUGAGCAAGCUGGCACCCCCAGGGUACAACGAGACGCUGCAGCGAACCAUUCCGCUCGGGCGGAUGGGCACUGUGCGCGAAGUCGCGAACGCGGUGCUGUUUCUUGCCAGUGAGGCCGCCAGCUAUGUAACUGGCGCGAUUCUCGUUGUCGAUGGAGCUGCGUGGAUGACCAUUGGCGGGAUGAACUACCCAGACGGCAUCGAGGCGUUCAAGCAGCUGAAAGCCAAGCUAUAAAUGUUCAAACAAAUUGUGGCUCAGUGAUGCUUUCGAAAAAAAAAAGUCAAAUGAUAACAAUGAAGUGAAACACAAAUAUGACACACAAAAUGACAAACAAAUAUAGCAACAACGACCCUCAUUCACGCAAG